CUCAGGGGCCUCGGCUCCUGGGUAAACAUUAAUGGGGCUCAGCGCACGGCAGGUCAUGUGCGCGCCCAGCAGAUCUUUGACCUGCAGCUGCUCCUGGCCUGUGUCUCCUCCCCGAAGGUGCCCCUCACUACCCACACAGAUCUAGAUUUGGGCCUGGGCCUGUCCCUGCCCAAAAUCCAUGCCGAGUUCCCUCACCUGCGCCCAGGACCCUCCUGCCACUCUGGACACAGUUGGCCUGGUGGACCAGAGGCUGGGAAAUGCAGGGACCUCCGGUUCUGCCCCCAUCUUGGAAGACGGGGAUGUGGACCCCUGGGCCCUCCCUCAGCUAAAGGACACUGGCCAGUCCUGGAAAGAGCUCAGCAUGGCCGGCAGGGUGCUCCAGGGGGCUGCUGACUUCCUCAAGGCCUGUGGGCUCCUGGGCAGCCUCUACCUCUUCAUCUGCUCCCUGGACAUCCUCAGCUCUGCUUUCCAGCUGCUAGGCAGCAAGGUAGCUGGAGACAUCUUCAAGGACAACGUGGUGCUGUCCAACCCUGUGGCUGGACUGGUCAUCGGUGUGCUGGGCACGGUCCUCGUGCAGAGUUCCAGCACGUCCUCCUCCAUCGUGGUCAGCAUGGUGGCCUCCAAGCGUGAGUGCCCCCCUCCCCUCCCCCAGGAUGGUGGUGGCGGGGUGAGGGCCGAGAGGCUGAUGCAGUGCCCCUACAGUGCUGACCGUGCGGGCAUCUGUGCCCGUCAUCAUGGGCGUCAACGUGGGUACAUCCGUCACCAGCACCCUGGUCUCGAUGGCACAGUCGGGGGACCGGGACGCGUUUCGGAGGUGAGUGAGGUGCGGGGGAGGGCAGGGGCUGCGGCUGGGGCUUCCGACCACCCAACUCCGUGUGGCCUCAGGGCCUUUGGCGGCUCAGCCGUGCACGGCGUCUUCAACUGGCUCACGGCGCUGACCCUGCUGCCGCUGGAGAGCGCUGCGGCCCCCCUGGAGAGGCUCAGCGCACUGGCCCUGGGCGCUGCCAGCCUGCAGCCCGGGGGGCGCGCGCCUGACAUCCUCAAGGUGCUGACACGGCCGCUCACACGCCUCAUCGUGCAGCUGGACGCUGAUGUCAUUACGGGCCGCGGCACAGGCAACGCUACCAACAGUAGCCUCAUUAAGCGAUGGUGUGGCACCGAGGUGCAGACGACUGCAGGGAACAGCAGCACCUGUGCGGCGGCCACUGGGGGCCCCUGCCCUGCGAGGAACAGCUCUGCCGCCGAGGAGCAGCUUCCCUGCCGCCACCUGUUCGAGGGCACAGCGCUCGCGGACCUGGCCGUGGGCUUCAUCCUGCUGGCUGCCUCCCUGCUCGUGCUCUGUGCCUGCCUCGCCCUCAUCGUCAAGCUGCUCAGCUCCACUCUGCGGGGCCGCGUGGGCCAGGCCGUGAGCACCGUCGUCAACGCUGGUGGGCCUUGGGGAGGCGGUGAGGGUGGCGGCGAGGAGGCCCGACUGCGGGUGACCGGCUCCCCCUCCGCAGACUUCCCCUCCCCAUUCGGCUGGCUCAGCGGCUAUCUGGCCAUCCUCGUGGGGGCCGGCCUGACCUUCGCGCUCCAGAGCAGCAGCGUCUUCACUGCAGCCGUCGUGCCGCUCAUGGGUGAGCACAACAGGUGGCACCUGACCGAGGGGGCAGGGGGUGAGGGGCCCGUGAUGACCCCUGGCUCCCCCAGGGGUCCGGGUGAUCAGCCUGGAGCGGGCGUACCCCCUCUUCCUGGGCUCCAACAUCGGCACCACCACCACGGCCCUGCUGGCUGCCCUGGCCAGCCCUUCGGAUAUGCUGAUCAGCGCCGUCCAGGUCGCCCUCAUCCACUUCUUCUUCAACCUGGCUGGCAUCCUGUUGUGGUACGUGGUGCCCGUCCUCCGGCUGCCCAUCCCACUGGCCAAGCGCUUUGGGGACCUGACUGCCCGCUACCGCUGGGUGGCCGUCGCCUACCUGCUGCUCAGCUUCUUGCUGCUGCCGCUGGCCGCCUGCGGGCUCUCCCUGGCGGGGAGUACAGUGCUGGCUGCAGUUGGGGGGCCCCUGCUUGUGCUGGUACUCCUCAUCAUCCUGGUCGCCAUCCUGCAGCGGCACCGGCCAGCCUGGCUGCCCCGCCGCCUGCGCUCCUGGACCUGGCUGCCCCUGUGGCUCCGUUCUCUGGAGCCCUGGGACCGCCUGGUGAGCCGCUGCUGCCCCUGCAAGGCCUGCAGCCCCCCUCAGGCUGCGGCCAAGGAGGCCCACUGCUAUGAGAACCCCGAGGUCCUGGCCUCCCAGCAGUUGUGAAGAGCGGGCGCCCCCACCCCCGUUGACCUCUGGGUGCCCUGAGGGAUCCUAGUGGCUGCGGACAUCUGCAUCACCUGCAUCACCUUCUUUGCAAAUAAACAAGCCUGUA